AUGAUGCCAAUUCUUUACCUCAUGGUGUACCUAUCCUUGGUGGCUGCUGUAGAAGACCGCGCGUACUGCGCAGUGAGAUACUCCAGGCUGUGCCAGGACAAGGGGCAACAUGUCGGAUGUCAGUAUCCCGACGCGGGCCCAGGCGAGUCUUGCGAGAAUUACACUAAAAUAGAAUUCACCGAGGAGCUGAAGAGUUUUAUCCUGAAUUACAUAAACAGACGUCGACAAAGAAUCGCGGCUGGGCACGAGAAAGUGCGUGGGGGACUGCCGAUACCCAAACCCGACAUUAUGAUGUAUGUCGAGUGGGAUCGAGAACUGGCUUACUUGGCUCAAAGACUCGCGGACCAAUGCAGAUUCGUGCACGACGAGUGCAGGGCUACAGUACGAUAUCCCUACGCCGGGCAGACUGUGGGGGAAGUAAGAUGGCGGAAAUCUCUAGAUUCUGACCAGAUCACAGCCCAGAGGGCGAUCAAGAAGGUCUUCGACGCGUGGUGGGGGGAGAAGAGGCGUGUGCAACCACAACAACUGACCACCCCCUUCAAAGUAACUGCCAAAGGUACAGCCUGGGGUCAUUUCAGCCAGCUCGCCAUCUGGAAGCUCAGGGCCGUGGGCUGCGGCGCCGUCCACCACGGUCCCCCCCACCUCCGACUGCUACUGGUGUGCGAUUACUCUCAUACAAACAUGCUGGGCCAAAAGACCAUCUCAGCUGGACCCCUCGCCACCUGCCCGCUCCAUACGAUACGGAGGCCACGGUCGCAGUACCCUUUGUUAUGCUCUACGAUUAAAUAUCCACUAAGGACUCAAGAUCUAGAAGUGUUGUAUGACUACGAAAAAGAAGAUGAAAGGACUGAAACCAUUCCUGAAGAUGAUCAGAAGUCUACCACACAGCUGGAUGUAUUACCAAAGAACUAUGAUGUUGAAGAAGAGCAGUUAACGCGCUUUGGGCAGAGAAACAGCAAGGCGAAAGAAGUUUUGGACAGGGAUAUGAAAAUGAGGAAUCAAAUUCACAUCGCUUAUGGUCCUUAUCAGCCACCAAGAAGCACUACCAGAAGACCAGACACAGAUUAUAUCAAAAGGAAAAACGUUGAAGUAGACCAAAGACCCGGUGGCUAUUUUCAACAAAAGAGGCCACGUGUAAAUGAUGAUUAUUCAGUGAUCCCCCUGCGGGACCCCCAACAUGAGCAGCCUAACGAAGCACCCUGGAGGCCUAAAUUGUAUUGGAGAACAAGUACCACCGGCCUGCCUGAAUACGAGACGAGUAUUGUGUUGCAAUCAGUCCGACGCAAGUACUACGAGCAAGACAGGAGUUUCAGACCAACAGAAGUGCGUGAAAAAGAAGUCACCCAUACUGUCCGAAGACCUUUAGCACCAUCCCUCAAGUUGGACAAGGAAGAUAUAGACCAGCUUUUCAAAGACACGGGUUUUAAGCCCAACUGGACGCCAAAACUAUAA